AUGAACUGGACAGUAAAAGCAGGCUUAUUAGCAACUCAACAGCACUCCACAUCUUUAGUGUCAGAAUUCACAGUGCUUUGCAAAGUCUGCCUGUUUGCAGAACAAGCACCUGUUCUAUUUUUGACAGUCUGGAGCCACAUAGUACAUCAUUAUGCACAUAAAAACCUGCCAAACUUUGACACCAGGUCCAGAAAUAUGUCUUAUCCUGUAACAGAGACAUUGCCUGACUGCAACAGCUCAUUUAUGCCACCAGAUAUUUCCAUUCACACUGUUGUUCUGUGUAUUCACACCCAAGAUUUCUCAACAAGAAUUCCUUCCUAUUACAUGCCCUGUUCUCACAGUCCAUUACCAAAAUCUCUCUUUUGGGCAGAGAUCCAGCAGAAAGUUCAAGGAUGGCCACUUCCUCAGAUAAAAGCCACAGUCUUUACACAAAUCACCUUUCAAAGCUUGCAGAUUGAGUUUACUCUCCUAUCUGCAGCCAACAGAGCUCUUCCGCUGAGGACAGGAGAACUGAACACUGGUGCAAUCCCACAGCUAUUCUCAGAGACACAGCUCUGCAAUGUUUUGAGUUGGCUGUGA